CAGCAGGUUAGGCAGUGAGAAGUUGGUGGCGCUGCUGGGACGGGGGGAAGGAGACGCUUCUUCCUCCUGCUGCUCCUCUCGUUCCCGGGAUCGGCGGCGGGGGCCGCGAGUGACUCGGCAGCGUCUCCGGCUCCGCGUGCGAACCAUGCUGACCGACGGCGGAGGCGGCGGCACCUCCUUUGAGGAGGACCUGGACUCAGUGGCUCCGCGAUCCGCCCCGGCCGGGGCCUCGGAGCCGCCUCCGCCGGGAGGGGUCGGACUAGGGAUCCGCACUGUGAGACUCUUUGGGGAGGCCGGGCCCGCGCCGGGAGUCGGUGGCGGCGGCAGCGGAGCGGGCGGAGGGGACGCGGCUCUGGAUUUCAAGUUGGCGGCCGCCGUGCUGAGGACCGGGGGUGGAGGUGGCGCUUCUGGCAGCGACGAGGACGAGGUGUCUGAGGUUGAAUCAUUUAUUUUGGACCAAGAGGAUCUGGAUAAUCCAGUGCUUAAAACAACAUCAGAGAUAUUCUUAUCAAGUACAGCAGAAGGAGCAGAUUUACGCACAGUGGAUCCAGAGACACAGGCACGACUAGAAGCAUUACUAGAAGCAGCAGGAAUUGGCAAAUUGUCCACUGCUGAUGGUAAAGCUUUUGCAGACCCUGAGGUACUCCGGAGACUGACAUCCUCAGUAAGUUGUGCACUGGAUGAAGCUGCUGCUGCACUGACACGAAUGAGAGCAGAAAACAGCCACAAUGCAGGACAAGUGGACACUCGCAGUCUGGCUGAAGCUUGUUCAGACGGGGAUGUGAAUGCUGUUCGUAAAUUGCUAGAUGAAGGCAGAAGUGUCAAUGAACAUACAGAAGAAGGAGAAAGCCUGCUGUGUUUGGCUUGUUCAGCUGGAUAUUAUGAAUUAGCACAAGUAUUGCUUGCUAUGCAUGCUAAUGUUGAAGAUCGAGGGAAUAAGGGCGAUAUAACUCCCCUAAUGGCAGCAUCCAGUGGAGGUUAUUUAGAUAUUGUGAAAUUAUUACUUCUUCAUGAUGCAGAUGUCAACUCCCAGUCUGCAACAGGAAAUACUGCACUAACUUACGCCUGUGCUGGAGGAUUUGUUGACAUUGUGAAAGUGCUGCUUAAUGAAGGUGCAAAUAUAGAAGAUCAUAAUGAAAAUGGACACACCCCCUUAAUGGAAGCAGCCAGUGCAGGUCAUGUGGAAGUUGCAAGAGUUCUUCUAGAUCAUGGGGCAGGCAUCAACACUCAUUCUAAUGAAUUCAAAGAAAGUGCCCUUACACUUGCAUGCUACAAAGGCCAUUUGGAUAUGGUUCGCUUUCUGCUUGAUGCUGGUGCAGAUCAGGAACACAAAACAGAUGAGAUGCAUACUGCCUUAAUGGAAGCUUGCAUGGAUGGACAUGUAGAAGUAGCACGUUUGCUUUUGGAUAGUGGUGCUCAAGUGAACAUGCCUGCAGAUUCGUUCGAGUCUCCAUUAACACUAGCUGCCUGUGGAGGACAUGUUGAACUGGCAGCUCUUCUGAUCGAAAGGGGAGCAAAUCUUGAAGAAGUUAAUGAUGAAGGAUACACUCCCUUGAUGGAAGCUGCUCGUGAAGGACAUGAAGAAAUGGUGGCAUUACUCUUAGCACAAGGAGCAAAUAUAAAUGCCCAGACAGAAGAAACUCAAGAAACUGCUCUUACCUUGGCUUGCUGUGGAGGAUUUUCUGAAGUUGCAGACUUUCUGAUUAAAGCAGGGGCUGAUAUAGAACUUGGCUGUUCCACACCUCUGAUGGAGGCUUCUCAGGAGGGUCACCUGGAGUUGGUUAAAUAUUUACUGACUGCUGGUGCUAAUGUCCAUGCUACAACAGCAACAGGAGACACAGCCUUAACCUAUGCUUGUGAAAAUGGACAUACAGAUGUUGCAGAUGUUUUACUUCAAGCAGGAGCCGACUUAGACAAGCAGGAGGACAUGAAGACUAUUUUGGAGGGCAUAGAUCCGGCCAAGCAUCAGGAACAUGAGUCUGAAGGUGGAAGAACACCUUUGAUGAAAGCUGCAAGAGCUGGUCAUUUAUGUACUGUGCAGUUUCUUAUUAGCAAAGGUGCCAAUGUGAAUAGGGCUACAGCCAAUAAUGAUCAUACAGUAGUAUCGCUGGCAUGCGCAGGAGGUCACUUGGCAGUUGUUGAGUUGCUUUUGGCUCAUGGGGCUGACCCUACUCAUCGACUCAAGGAUGGCUCAACAAUGCUCAUCGAAGCUGCAAAAGGUGGCCAUACUAAUGUUGUUUCUUAUCUCUUGGAUUAUCCAAACAAUGUUCUGUCAGUUCCAACCCCAGACGUGUCUCAGCUUACCCCACCUUGUCAAGAUCAAUCUCAGGUUCCACGUGUACCAAUGCAUACACUUGCCAUGGUUGUACCUCCCCAGGAACCCGACAGAACUUCACAGGAGAACUCUCCUGCUGUUUUGGGAGUACAGAAAGGUACAUCCAAGCAGAAGUCCAGUUCCCUGCAGGUAGCAGAUCAGGACGUACUGCCACCUUUUCACCCAUACCAGCCUUUGGAGUGCAUAGUUGAGGAGACUGAAGGCAAGCUGAAUGAACUGGGACAGAGAAUUAGUGCUAUUGAAAAAGCACAGCUUAAGUCACUGGAGUUAAUUCAAGGUGAACCUCUGAACAAAGAUAAGAUAGAAGAACUCAAAAAGAACAGAGAAGAACAAGUCCAGAAGAAGAAGAAAAUACUGAAAGAACUGCAAAAAGUGGAAAGGCAGUUACAGAUGAAAACACAGCAGCAAUUUACCAAAGAAUACUUGGAAACCAAAGGUCAGAGAGACGCAGUAUCGCUACACCAGCAGUGCUCUCAUAGAGGAGACUUCCCAGAAGGGGAAGGAGAUGGUAGUCUCCCAGAGGAUCAAUUUUCAGAGUUAUCUCAGGUUGACACAAUCUUAUUUAAAGAUAAUGAUGUUGAUGACGAGCAGCAGUCUCCACCAUCGGCAGAACAAAUUGAUUUUGUCCCAGUCCAGCCUUUAUCAUCACAGUGUAACUUUUCCGGUGACUUAGGUUCUAAUGGGACACAUUCUCUUGAACUUCAGAAGGUAUCAGGUAAUCAUCAGAUUAUAGGACAGCCUCAGAUUGCUAUUACUGGACAUGAUCAGGGGCUGUUAGUUCAAGAACCAGAUGGACUAAUGGUUGCAACUCCAGCCCAGACGCUUACCGACACUCUUGAUGACCUGAUAGCAGCUGUGAGUAGCAGAGUGCCCACUGGUUCAAACAGUUCCUCUCAGACUACAGAAUGUCUUACACCUGAACCCUGCUCACAGUCUCCAAGCAUUGUGACUCCCCAGGCUAUGCCCCCUGUGUACCCUUCAGUUGACAUCGAUGCACAUACUGAAAGCAAUCAUGACACAGCUUUAACACUAGCUUGUGCGGGUGGUCAUGAAGAACUUGUAUCUGUACUCAUUGCACGAGAUGCUAAAAUUGAGCACAGAGACAAAAAAGGUUUUACACCACUGAUCCUGGCUGCAACAGCAGGGCAUGUUGGAGUUGUUGAAAUCCUUUUAGAUAAAGGUGGAGAUAUAGAAGCACAAUCUGAACGAACUAAAGAUACUCCACUUUCAUUGGCAUGUUCUGGUGGACGACAGGAGGUGGUAGACUUGCUGCUGGCUCGAGGUGCAAAUAAAGAACACAGGAAUGUAUCUGAUUAUACACCACUGAGUCUAGCUGCGUCUGGAGGAUAUGUUAAUAUCAUUAAGAUUCUGCUUAAUGCUGGGGCAGAAAUUAAUUCAAGGACUGGGAGUAAAUUAGGUAUUUCUCCCUUGAUGUUGGCUGCAAUGAAUGGACAUGUUCCUGCAGUGAAACUGCUACUUGAUAUGGGUUCAGACAUUAAUGCCCAGAUAGAGACCAACCGGAACACAGCUCUCACCUUGGCUUGUUUCCAGGGCCGAGCAGAAGUAGUGAGUUUGCUUCUGGACCGAAAAGCCAAUGUUGAACAUAGAGCAAAGACUGGUCUUACCCCUUUGAUGGAAGCUGCAUCUGGAGGAUAUGCAGAGGUUGGAAGAGUUCUCCUUGAUAAAGGAGCAGAUGUUAAUGCACCUCCUGUGCCUUCCUCAAGAGAUACUGCUUUAACAAUAGCAGCAGACAAAGGUCACUACAAAUUUUGUGAGCUCCUGAUUAAUAGGGGAGCUCAUAUUGAUGUUCGUAAUAAGAAGGGAAACACACCACUUUGGUUGGCAUCCAAUGGCGGUCAUUUCGAUGUGGUGCAGUUGCUAGUGCAAGCAGGUGCUGAUGUGGAUGCAGCAGAUAAUCGAAAAAUUACACCUCUUAUGUCAGCAUUUCGAAAGGGUCAUGUAAAAGUUGUUCAAUAUUUGGUGAAAGAAGUCAAUCAGUUCCCUUCUGAUAUAGAAUGCAUGAGAUACAUAGCAACAAUUACAGAUAAGGAACUGUUGAAAAAAUGUCACCAGUGUGUUGAGACAAUUGUGAAAGCUAAAGACCAACAGGCUGCAGAAGCAAAUAAGAAUGCAAGUAUUCUUUUAAAGGAACUUGACCUGGAAAAGUCAAGAGAAGAGAGCAGAAAGCAGGCUCUUGCAGCUAAGAGAGAGAAAAGAAAAGAGAAGAGAAAAAAGAAAAAAGAGGAGCAGAAAAGGAAGCAGGAAGAAGAUGAGGAAAACAAACCUAAGGAGAAUUCAGAACUACCGGAAGAUGAAGAUGAAGAGGAGAAUGAUGAAGAUGUGGAGCAAGAAGUUCCUAUAGAACCUCCUAGUGCAACCACCACUACCACAAUUGGAAUCUCUGCAACAUCUGCAACCUUCACAAAUGUAUUUGGGAAAAAAAGAGCCAAUGUGGUGACAACCCCCAGUACCAAUCGGAAAAACAAGAAGAACAAAACAAAAGAGACCCCACCCACUACACAUUUAAUAUUACCAGAACAACAUAUGUCUUUAGCACAGCAAAAAGCAGAUAAAAACAAAAUAAAUGGAGAACCCAGAGGUGGUGGUGCAGGUGGAAACAGUGAUUCAGAUAACCUGGACAGCACAGAUUGCAACAGUGAGAGUAGUAGUGGUGGUAAAAGCCAAGAGUUAAAUUUUACUGUGGAUAUGAAUUCCUCUAGUGAUAAGAGAUAUUCUACAUUGCUACUCCAUUCCCAAGAUGAAAAGUCAAAUACUGCCACCAACAAACCUCAAACACGACUUGAAGGUGAAGUGAAUUCUAAUUCUUUAUCAGCUGGCUACAAGUCAGUGUCAUUGCCAUUAAGCUCUCCAAACAUGAAGUUAAAUUUGACAAGCCCUAAAAGGGGACAGAAAAGAGAAGAAGGAUGGAAAGAAGUUGUACGAAGGUCAAAGAAGUUGUCUGUUCCAGCUUCUGUGGUUUCCAGAAUAAUGGGAAGAGGAGGAUGCAAUAUCACUGCAAUACAAGAUGUUACUGGUGCCCAUAUUGAUGUGGAUAAACAAAAAGAUAAGAAUGGCGAGAGAAUGAUCACAAUCAGGGGUGGUACUGAAUCAACAAGAUAUGCAGUUCAGCUUAUCAAUGCACUUAUUCAAGAUCCAGCUAAGGAACUGGAAGACUUGAUUCCUAAAAAUCAUAUCAGAACACCUGCCAGUACCAAAUCCAUCCAUGCAAAUUUCUCAUCUGGAGUAGGCACCACAGCAGCUUCUAGUAAAAAUGCGUUUCCCUUGGGUGCUCCAACUCUUGUGACUUCACAGGCAACAACAUUAUCUACGUUCCAGCCUGCUAAUAAACUUAAUAAGAAUGUUCCAACAAAUGUACGAUCUUCUUUCCCAGUCUCUCUACCCUUAGCUUAUCCCCACCCUCAUUUUGCCCUACUGGCUGCGCAAACUAUGCAACAGAUACGGCAUCCUCGCUUACCUAUGGCUCAGUUUGGAGGAACCUUUUCUCCCUCUGCUAACACUUGGGGACCAUUUCCAGUGAGACCUGUGAAUCCCAGCAACACCAAUAGCUCUCCAAAGCAUAAUAAUACAUGCCGUCUCCCUAACCAGAAUGGGACUGUUUUAUCCUCAGAAUCUGCUGGACUAGCUACUGCCAGUUGUCCUAUCACUGUCUCUUCUGUAGUUGCUGCCAGUCAGCAACUGUGUGUGACUAAUACCCGGACUCCUUCAUCGGUCAGAAAGCAGUUGUUUGCCUGUGUGCCUAAGACAAGUCCUCCAGCAACAGUGAUCUCUUCUGUGACAAGCACUUGUACUUCCCUGCCUUCAGUCUCCUCUGCACCUGUCACUAGUGGGCAAGUUCCUACAACGUUUCUUCCUGCAAAUACACCUCAAGCACAACUUUCUUCACAAAAGAUGGAGUCUUUCUCUGCCAUGCCACCCCCCAAAGAGAAAGUGUCCACACAGGAUCAGCCUAUGGCAAACCUUUGUACCCCAUCUUCUACUUCAAAUAGUUGCAGUAACUCUGCCAGCAACACCCCAGGAGCUCCAGAAACUCAUUCAUCCGGUAGUCCCACUCCUCCCUCCAAUAACACACAAGAGGAGACAGAGCCAUCCAGCGUGUCUGAUUUAAGUCCUAUGUCAAUGCCUUUUUCAUCUAACUCAGAACCUGCUCCGGUGACUUUGGCAUCACCCAGAUUGGUUGCUGCUGAUAAUCAGGACACCAAUAAUUUACCUCAAUUAGCUGUACCAGCACCUCGAGUGUCUCAUCGAAUGCAGCCCAGAGGUUCUUUUUAUUCAGUGGUACCAAAUGCAACUAUACACCAGGAUCCCCAGUCUAUUUUUGUUACAAAUCCAGUACCAUUAACGCCACCUCAAGGCCCACCAGCUGCAGUGCAGCUUUCUUCAGCCAUGAACAUUAUGAAUGGUUCUCAGAUGCACAUUAAUCCAGCAAAUAAAUCUUUGCCACCUACAUUUGGCCCAGCCACACUUUUUAAUCACUUCAGUAGUCUUUUUGAUAGCAGUCAGGUCCCAGCUAAUCAGGGCUGGGGAGAUGGCCCUCUCUCCUCUCGCGUUGCUGCUGAUGCCUCUUUCACUGUUCAGUCAGCGUUCCUGGGUAACUCUGUACUUGGACACUUGGAAAAUGUGCACCCUGACAACUCCAAGGCACCUGGCUUCAGACCACCUUCCCAGCGAGUUUCUACUAGCCCAGUUGGGUUACCAUCCAUUGACCCAUCAGGCAGCUCCCCAUCUUCCUCUUCUGCUCCUCUGACAAGUUUUUCCAGCAUACCAGGAACUCGGGUAUUCCUGCAAGGGCCAGCUCCUGUUGGGACUCCCAGUUUCAACAGACAACAUUUUUCUCCCCAUCCUUGGACAAGUGCUUCAAACUCAUGUGACUCUCCUAUUCCAUCUGUUUCUUCGGGAUCAUCUUCACCUCUUUCAGCCACUUCUGCCCCACCAACAUUGGGCCAACCCAAAGGAGGCAGUGCCAGUCAGGAUCGAAAGAUACCUCCUCCCAUUGGAACUGAGAGACUAGCCCGGAUUCGGCAAGGAGGGUCUGUCACACAAGCUCCUGUGGGGACCGGUUUUGUUGCUCCUGUUGGACACAGUGGAAUCUGGUCAUUUGGUGUCAAUGCUAUGUCAGAAGGUUUAUCGGGUUGGUCACAGUCUGUAAUAGGGAACCAUCCAAUGCAUCAACAAUUAUCAGACCCAAGCACAUUCUCCCAGCAUCAACCAAUGGAGAGAGAUGAUUCUGGAAUGGUAGCCCCCUCUAACAUUUUCCAUCAGCCUAUGGCAAGCAGUUUUGUGGAUUUUUCUAAAGGUCUACCAAUUUCCAUGUAUGGAGGCACCAUAAUACCCUCUCAUCCUCAGCUUGCUGAUGUUCCAGGAGGCCCUCUGUUUAAUGGACUUCACAACCCAGAUCCUGCUUGGAAUCCUAUGAUAAAAGUUAUUCAGAAUUCAACAGAAUGCACUGAUGCCCAACAGGCCAGUCUGCUUCCUUCAGUCCCUGCUCUCAAAGGGGAAAUCCCAACAGCUCAUCUGAGCAGACCGAAGAAGAGAGUUGGACAGCCAUUGGGGGCCUCUCCUAACCAGAGGCACCAGGAUCACCUACGACCGAAAGUUCCUGCUGGAGUGCAAGAACUCUCCCACUGCCCGGACACCCCCCUGCUGCCUCCCUCAGAUUCCCGGGGUCACAACUCCUCCAACAGCCCCACCUUCCAAGCUGGAGGAGCUGAAGGAGCAGAAGGAGACAGAGGAAGAGAUACCCGAUGACGCACAAUUUGAAAUGGACAUCUAAUCCAGUGCCUGCCUACGACUGUGUGUAUGGAGUUACAGGGAUCCCUCAUGACGUUCCUGUCACUACCUCUCCCGGGGGUAGCCAAAGGCCAACUGGCCUCAUCUAAUCUGGAAGGAAGUGACUUGUUGGCUCUGGGCCUCCCUUAGUUCUGAGGCAGCUAGACCAGAGAUAGGCAUGGGCAACUUGCCAAGCCCUUUGCUCUACUUUCUCUUUGGUCUGCAGGCACUCUUCCCAACCCCAGCCCUUCAUGCUCAAGGCUAAAGCUGGGACUGGGGAAAGGAGUCUGUCACCUUCUGCUUAGUAAACAUUCAAAGAAAUGCCUUGGCUCCAGUGUCCUCAAUGCUGAUCUUCCAUCUCAGCCAUACAGCCGAGGUGCCCCAGCAGGCCUGCUUUGGACCAGAGGUCCUAGGUCACUCUCCACUGGGCCCACUUCCAGCAGCUAUUAGAGCCUGAAGCUAUAGGGAUAGGUUACCAGACCUGCCAAACCGUGACCAGCAAUAUUUUGACCCCUGCCAGGAACUGUCCCAGCCUUUCCAGGACACAACAUUCCUGGAAUUGUACUUUUCCAACAGUCCUUCCCUAGCUAUUCCAAAGAAGAGGUGGUGCCCAGCCGUUUACCAUCUCUCCGUGCCUUUUCUGCCUCACCUGUAAGUACCACCCCCUUUAUUCUGUCACUGAAAACUGUACCCUCCCUUCUUAUAGCAUGGUACAAACCUCUGUGGCCCCUUGUGCCUAAUAUGGCUACUUUCAUGAAAGAAUUUAGGGCCCAAACUAGGGCAGCAGUGUAUAUGGCAAGUCAGUCAUAACCUCAGUUUUGUAAUCUAGUCCUUUUCUCCUUAAAUUUAUGCAUUUUCAAACCUGUGGUUCUCAUUAUUCUCUAGAGCAUUUGAAAUAAUUUCUCCCGUUUUUUUCUUUUUUAAUUUCUCUAAUUAUCAUGGCCAUGUUCUUCCUAAUUCCUCACUCCAAUCACUGUUGGCCUUUUAUACUUCAAAGGUGGGAACAGAACAGAUAGGGCAGUCUCAUUUUCUUGAAAUCCUUGAAAUCCCUUAUGCUAGCUCAGCUUCUGUUGUCAUGCUGAAAUGAAAUCAUCCAAAGUUAGUGCUACUCAGCCCAGCAAGUUGUACUUUUCAUUCUGAUUGGAGGGGAAAGUGGCAAACAGUAAUCUGUUCAUGUCCAGAGCAUGAAGGAAAAACAGAUUU